AUGGCCCCGUCCAUCCCGGUCCCCACUCAAGGUGGCAUGUUCCACACAUUUCAAGGCGUCACCCCGCGGAAACCGGCAAGCGAGUCCCAAGACAGCGGGAAGACGUCUGGCUCAACAGGCUCUAAGAGAAUCACCACUCCUCAUGCGUGCGCAGAAUGCAAGAGGCGGAAAAUCCGCUGCGAUGGCCAACAACCCUGCGGUCAGUGCCUUUCAAGCCGCGCCCCUAAGAGAUGCUUCUACGACAAGCACCGGCAACGGGUCAUUCCUUCGAGAAAGACGCUAGAGGCGCUCUCCCAGUCACUCGAAGAAUGCCGCUCUAUUCUUAAGCGUCUUUUCCCCGACCAGGACGUCCAGUCUUUGCUCCCACUCUCCCGCCAGGAGCUCCUUUGCCUCCUCGAGAGGCCGGUGCAGGAAACGCCGACGGCACUGCCAUCCCCGCCUUUGAACGCGUCUCCUCUCUCGCAGGAACUGGAGUCUCCGGUGUGUUCUGGUAGCGAACAGGGUCUAUCCGGCCUUGAGCUGAUGCCCGGCCGAGACACUGAGUGGGAUGAGGAGCGCCGCGGUCGCGACCCGAUCCCCAUCGAGGCUGACGACGUUAAUGCACUUUCUCUCUCUGUGGACCGGCAAUCGUCUUAUCUGGGCGCCUCGUCCAUCAAAGCCGCCUUGAUGUGUCUGCUCAAGGUCCAUCCAGGGUUACGGAACUCGCUCACCACGCCACUGCACAGCGCCGAAGUCACGCACAACUUCCCGACCAUGCGAUCAAGAGGCUCGGUGCCCAAAGAUUCGCAGCGUAUUCCUUGGUCCUGGAAAGGCCAGACACUCAUAGACGCCUACUUCAAGCGCAUUCACGUUUUCGUCCCCAUGCUCGACGAAGCCGCUUUCCGAGCAGAUUAUCUCGAGGGCCAGCGAUUCGACGCCCCCUGGCUCGCUCUGCUCAACAUGGUCUUUGCUAUGGGAAGCAUUGUGGCCAUGAAGUCAGAUGAUUACAACCACAUCAACUACUACAACAGAGCCAUGGAACACCUGCCACUGGAUGCCUUCGGGAGCAGCCACAUCGAAAGCGUCCAGGCGCUGGCCCUGGUUGGGGGCUACUAUCUUCAUUACAUCAACAGACCAAACAUGGCAAACGCCGUCCUUGGAGCGGCCAUCCGAAUGGCGAGCGCUCUUGGUCUCCACCGUGAGAGCUUGGCCCAGGGGUCCAACGAUGUUGCCGCCGCCGAGACCAGGCGCCGCACUUGGUGGAGUCUCUUCUGCCUCGACACGUGGGCCACGACAACCAUGGGCCGGCCGUCGUUCGGGAGGUGGGGUCCUGCGAUCAACAUCCGGCCCCCUGAGUUCGGCAUCAAUCAGGCUCGGGACUCUGCUCAACACGCCGGCAUUUUGCCAUUGAUCGAAAACAUCAAGUUCUGCAAGAUCGCCACUCAAAUCCAAGACCUGUUGGCGAUCUCGCCCCUCCUGCGGGCAGAGGAUCGCUGCAACCUCGACGGUCAGCUGGUCAACUGGUACAGUAGCCUCCCAUGGCUUCUGAGAACGACCGACCCCUGCGCCGAGCCUCUGUACAUCGCGAGGUGUAUCAUGAAGUGGCGUUACCAGAACCUCCGGAUGCUGCUCUACCGACCAGUCCUGCUCAGUAUCGCCAGCAGUGGCGCCUUGACUCAGGUGGCGGAUCAGGACGUCACAGCCAUCGAGACUUGUCGUGAGCUUGCCAAGCAGACUAUCGAGGACAUUGCACGGGAAUGGACCCGUAAUCAAAUGUCCGGGUGGAACGCCGUGUGGUUUCUUUACCAGGCGGCCAUGAUCCCCCUGGUCAGUGUCUUUUGGCAAUGGAACAGUCCACGUGUUCCCGACUGGCACCAGCAGAUCGAGACGAUCCUCGACCUACUCGAGGCCAUGGAGGACUGGUCAUUGGCAGCACGACGAAGCCGUGAGGUAGUGUGGCGAAUGUAUGAGGCCUCUCGGCAGCCCUCGAUGCGGUCAGAGAGCCCCCUGCAAGGCAUUGGAGGCGAGCACGGGCUGCUGAUGGGCGAGACGGAGCUACACAUGUCACCCAUAGGCCUGGAGCCGGAAGGGAUGGGCAUGAUGGGCGUGCUAGAUCAACAUGGCCUCUGGGAUCUGGACGGCAUGUACUGGGGCCAAAGUCCGGAGCAAGGUGUGGACUUUUCCCCAUACGGCGUCAACGAUCACAUGAUGGGCAUGGACUACAGCAUGAUGGGCAGCCAGGCUGCGGCAAUGGAGGGCGCCUUUUUCGCCCACUAG